AUGCGAGUCCUACCGCAAGGGCCUGGGAGAUCCCGCCCGUCAUUCCUUCUAUUGCUAUUUCUGGUCAUUGCCCUCGCUAUUCAAGUCUCUGCCAUACCUGCGGAUGAUACAUCAACGGAUACCGAUGCCGCCCAGACCACCGACGAUCCCUCCACACAAAGCACCUCUAGCGUGAGUGAGACCACUGCGACAACCUCUUCUUCAACCUCUACGUCCACGUCAAGCACAUCCAGUACUACGUCUUCUUCUUCGUCUACAAGCACAAGCACAAGCACAACGAUGGACUCAACCACUACCGACUCAAGUUCAACGUCGUCGACAUCUUCAUCCACAACAUCCGACAGCAGCACAACAACAUCAUCCGUCACCACGACAACGACAUCAUCAACAUCUUCUUCUUCUACAACCGCCGCCGUUAUUGUCACCAUACCGCCAACGGCAAAUGCCCCAUAUAUGCAAGAAAGUAAUGCGCCGGAAGGAACAGUCUUUAUCGCCGUCGGCGCUGCUCUGGGCCUCAUCGGCCUGACCCUGCUCGCCUGGCGCGCAAUGGUUGCGUGGUCCGUGAACCGCUCCGUGCGACGCGCAGCUAUGAAGCACGCCUCAGAGAACAAACGUCUUCUGCGCAACAGCAGGAAGAAGCGCUUGACCUCUUACUCCGCUGCGCCGGCCGAUGUCUCCAUGAACAAACUCGGCGCCGGGACUCGCGCCAGUUACAAGCCUCGCGCCCCAAGCGGCGGCAACAGUGGCCUCUUUUUCUCUCCCACAGCUGGUGGCCCAACUGGUUCGCAUGCUAGUCUUCACGGCGCCGGCAACUCGGGGAAUCGUGGUUCGACCUAUCUCCCUGCUGGGUACUACAACGCUGCUGGUAACUCCAACCCCACAGGGGAUGUCCCGUACUCGCCAACUGCGGGUAUCUCAUCGCCUUCGUUGCCCCCUGUUGGCCCAUAUCAUGAUUCGCAUCGUCAGUCGUAUGCGGGCGCUUCAACCAGCUCACUCAAUCUCAACCAGGCACACCAGGGCCGUGCGCCCAGUGCCUACUUGGAGGAUCUGUUUGAGAACCAUAAUCAAUCGCAUCAUUCUGAUUCUGGCCAGGGUCGGAGGUAA